GCCAUGUUGCCGCGGCCUGACAGAGACGGAGAGGCCAGCGGGACCGCCCCGCUCCCCACGCCGACGCCACCCGCGCAGCACUCGAUGGAGGCAGUUUGCAUUUGCAUCAUUUCACUAGCGAAAGAAGUUCUGUUCUUCAAGGAAAAGCUUCUUUCAGGGAAUAAAGGGAGAAAAUGCCACUGCCUAUAACCCUGGAGCCAGGACCCAUAUAUUUCUUUGACCAGCUGAAAUCUAGAACAAAAGAGCGGGGCAAGAAAAUACCAGAAGAACCACCCACUGAUUUCAAUUCACUCACCACAAAUUCUCAGCCCCCGGGCUUUAUUCCCAGCCUGGUCAAAUGCAGGAAUCCUGGAUGUACAGCAGAACAUGUGGAAGGAAAUGAAGACAGUUUCUUAAAAGAUGAUACCGCAAGAAGAGAGAAAUAUCCAUUUCUGCCUCAGAUAUCUAGCUCUUCCCUACUCAAAACUAGCAGUGAAGUUCCCAGCUCAAAGCUCUCUCAAAUGCCUCCAGUCCUUCCAGCAGAUGAAGAAAUACAGCCGAGCCUGUUGGAUGAAUAUAAAUACAUGGCUCCCACCAUCUUACAUGAACUUGGAGAAAUAUUGCAGCUCUUUUCUAGCUAUGACAUUAUUUUCCCUCAGGGAAUUGUAAAUCUCCUGACCUACAGCUGGAAGGAGCUCACUGAAGGUGCUGAUUACAGUAAAAGGCACCAUCAGUCCCUAAGGUACAAAAGCAUACGAUCAGGGAAAAGCCAAGCAUCAGAAGAGUGUGAGAAGAUGGCAUCGGGGUCUGAAUAUACGGAUCAUGAAAUGACUCAAUGUGAAAAAAGUCGGCGCAAGAAGAGUGUUUUACCUGCAGAUUGUGCGAAGGAAAAAAGGAAUCCUGAAAUGGCACCAAAUAAGCCUCUAGGAAACAAAGCUCCUGUUAUGCAACAUGAUACCCACUUACCUGUCACAAUCAGUUUCUCACUGUCAUCAAAACUGUCUGAGGAAAGAGGUUGGCGUUUCCUGCAUUCUGACUCUAAGUCUGAAGAUCUUGAAUGGAAAGUCCCUUUUGCCUGGGCAGUGGAGAAACUACGACAAGCUCAGAUACAAAUAAACGAUCGGAUAUCUAAGCUGAAAGAAGCAGGAUUUGACCAACCAGUCAUUCUCCGGCAUUAUGGUGAUACUGUGAGAGAAAAUAUUCCCAAGAAAUUUAAGGGGCAGACCUGCAAGAACUUAUUUGAGCUGCUGAAUGGAAAACCCCAAAUACCAGCAAUCAAGCAGGCAGACCCAGCAUUACGAAAACUGCAUUAUGGGCUGAUUGAUGGCUCAUCUUUGAUUUACUAUCCUUCUGGGCAUCCUGCAGUCUGCCAAAGCUAUUCCGAUCUCCCAGGUGGUGGUAUGUACACCAAUAUAUUCACUGCCUCUCCGGAUCAGACUAUACUUGGAACCUUUACACCUUUUGGACAUGGCAGUAUUUGCCUUCAUAACAGUAACGUCAUAGCAAUGAUGUUUAAUCAGGAAGGAGGCAUGGUGACUAAUAAAGAUGGAGAAAUAGUCAGAGAAUGGAGAUGGCCUCAGGUGGGAAAGCUUAGUGAUCCAGUUUUAAUGCAGGUUAAUGACUACAUCACUGUGAGGAUUGCAGGGCGCUUUGCUAUUAGCUUGGUCUACAAGUGGCAACAUGAAAGUGUGCGGUUGUCUUUGUCACCACUACAAGGUGUGGCUCUUCCACAGUUAGAAGAACUGGGCCAGAUACUCACCAGAGUUAAACUUUCAUCCACAUCAGCUAAAGAAUUCUCUAAAGUAAGCAGGAAAAAAUUGAGCGAGAAAGAAACAAAGAAGGUUCUAAAGAAAGAACCAAAGUUAUCAGAGUUGGUGAAGACACUUGAAAUUCCAGAGGAGAACAUAAGCCAUAUAAAUGACUUCAGUGCAGCCAGAGAAUUAAGAAAACUACAGCGGAAGAUCAAGACUAUUUUGGAUGACUGGCUGGAACAUUAUCGAAUGGCUUUUGAAAUUGAUUUGCCACACAUUCACAAAAUACCUGGCCUUCCUCAGAGAGCUUUAAGAAAACGCACAGUGCAGUCUGCAGCUGCUCCUCUGGCUACCUCAAUCGUACAAAGAGCACAAGAGAAGAACAGAGAGGACAGUGGAGCCUACGAGUCAGACAGCUCUCUCUUGCUAGCUCAUUUUCAAUCAGUUCCUGCUCACAAUAUGCAGUGGGAGUUGUCGCCUUAUUCUCCCAGGUAAAAAAAAUAUAAAAUCAUUUCUCACUGCCCACCGAAAUGUUUCUAUUAUGAGAACUUAAUUGUGCAUUAUGGUGAAUUUUAGGUUAUUCUAGUGG